UGAAAAAAUCUCAAACUGUUUUCGAAUUUCGACCGUCCGAUCGUUAAAGAUGACUGACGUGGCAGAAAGCGAGCGGAGGAUCCUCGUGGCCGUCGACGAAGGCGAGGAGAGCAUGCAUGCGCUGUCGUGGUGCCUGAAGAACGUUGCAGGGCAAAAUUCCAAAGAUACCCUUGUUCUUCUCUACGCGAAGCCCCCGCGAGCUGUGUUUACGGCUCUAGACGGCACAGGGUAUUUGUUUUCGUCUGAUAUUUUGGCGGCAAUGGAGAAGUACGGCGCUGAUGUGGCGGACUGCGUUAUGGACAAGGGCAAGAAGAUGUGCAAGGACCUCCAGCCGGAUCUUAAGGUGGAGACGAAAGUAGAGAGCGGAGAUCCGAGGGAUGUCAUUUGCCAGAUGGUGGAGCGGCUUCGUGCUGACGUGUUGGUUAUGGGAAGCCAUGGCUAUGGCGUCAUCAAGAGGGCUUUUCUUGGGAGUGUGAGCAAUCACUGUGCACAGAAUGUCAAGUGUCCUGUCUUGAUCGUGAAGAAGCCAAAAACAAAUGCUGGGAGCAAAUGACUUUGUUAAUUAAACCUCUUUUUUAUUACUUUUUACCACUUUAUGUUCUUCCUUUUACCCUUUCUACUUCAAAAAUGUCUUGUAUUUUUACUUUGGAAUUUUUGGUAUGUAAAUAAUGUCAUGCUGUUAGUAUUUAUUUAUUAACUGAGCUAAGCAGUGAACUUUCUGUUAAA